UUUCUCUGUCUUUGUCUUCGUCUCCACAAAGUUGAUAUCACCCGUUCGCUUCACUCUCUUUCUUUCGACGUUUCUCCGGCUGCUCAUCAAACUAGCCAUGUCUACAACGCAAUCAUCCAGCGAAAGCGUCAUCUUGCAGCAGUACUAUCGCGAUCUCAUCUCCGGAAGUCAUAUUCUUCACUAUCACAAUGUCGUCGACGCUUUCGGUCAUUUGUCCGUACGACACCCUUUCAAGCCUGAAAUCUUCAUCAUGUCCCGGAACGCUGCCCCCGGAGUAAUAUCUUCUCCUAACGACUUGGUCGAAUAUAACAUCGAGGAUGCUCGGGCGGUCGAUCCAAAUGCCGCCGCUGGGUUCGCGGAACGCUGCAUUCAUAGUGAAUGCUAUAAGCGCUACCCGGACGUUCACAGUGUUAUUCACAGCCACUCCGAAGCCGUGGUGCCUUAUACCAUUAGUGGUGUUUCGCUACGUGCUUGCUACCACAUGGCGGGAUUUCUUGGUACGAGUGUCCCUGUCUGGGACUUCGCAGACGCACAGCAACCUGACGAUAUCAGCGAUCUACUGGUCCGGAACACGCAUCUUGGCAGCUCUCUUGCAGCAACGUUUGGCACGUCUGACUCCAAAGAUGGCUCGCCACAGCACGUUGUCGCGUUAAUGCGAGGUCAUGGUUUGACGGUGCUAGCUGCAGGCAUUCAGGAUUGUGUGAUGCGGGCCAUCUACACGCAAAAGAACGCGGCUAUUCAGACGACUGCGCUGAGCAUGCGGGCUGCUGACUCUUCAGCCACGGCGCCUAUCAAGUAUCUAAGCCAGAAAGAAGUGGCUGAUACUACCUCCUGGAUUAAGACGUCUGCUCACCGACCUUGGGGACUUUGGCUACGGGAAGUGGAAGCUUGUGGGCUCUAUGCGAACUCGGCUUGAAUGCAUGGACACAGGAUGCGUCGAUCGAUCAGACACAAUGCUUGAUGGAGUGGGACUUUCCACCAAACGUUGUGUGGGGUAGAGGUC